AUGAGCAUUCAUAUCAUCAUAAGUGCCCAUGAUGACUUUAGAAAACUAAAAAAGGAGAGAAUGAAAAUCAUAAAAGAAGAAGAUGUAUUUGUGGAAAUAAUUCAGUGUCACAAAUCUCCAAGCAUGUCUUCAAGAAAGCAAAGCUGGAGGACUUCUCCAUCUCUCAAAUUGAUAAUGAUCUCUGCAGUCUGUCUUGCGAUCCUGUUGUCCCUUCUCUCUGAAGCACGCAUUGUCGUUUUACUAAAUUCCACUGACUCAUCUCUGCCGGCCAAUAACUUCACUGAUACUGAAGCCGCCUUCAGCACACCACUAGAGUCUGAGGGUAUCCCCAAAGCCAGGCGGAAGCGGUACAUUUCUCAGAAUGACAUGAUCGCCAUUCUUGACUACCAUAAUCAAGUUCGGGGCAAAGUGUUUCCACCAGCAGCAAACAUGGAAUAUAUGGUCUGGGAUGAAAAUCUUGCAAAAUCUGCGGAGGCAUGGGCAGCAACUUGCAUUUGGGACCAUGGACCUUCUUAUUUGCUGAGAUUUUUGGGUCAGAAUUUGUCUGUAAGAACUGGAAGAUAUCGGUCUAUUCUCCAGUUGGUCAAACCAUGGUAUGAUGAAGUGAAAGAUUACGCCUUUCCUUACCCUCAGGACUGCAACCCUCAGUGUCCUAUGCGAUGCUUUGGGCCAAUGUGCACUCAUUAUACACAGAUGGUUUGGGCCACUUCUAAUCGCAUAGGAUGUGCAGUUCACACUUGCCAAAACAUGAAUGUCUGGGGAUCUGUGUGGCGACGAGCAGUGUACUUGGUCUGCAACUAUGCUCCAAAGGGUAACUGGAUUGGAGAAGCACCAUACAAAGUUGGAGUGCCAUGUUCAUCGUGCCCUCCGAGUUAUGGUGGUGCCUGUACUGACAAUCUGUGCUUUCCAGGAGUAACGACAAACUACCUGUACUGGUUUAAAUAAGCUUAUACUUUGCCCCUUGGGGGGGAUACAUUGGUUUC